AUGGCGUCUGUCAUACGGAAUACUCUCAGUGGACCAUCGCGCUUACUGGGGGCGACGAGAAUACUCACCGCUCGACCCGUCGCUAUCAGCUAUCUCCCACCACUGUCGAGACCAUUUUCAACCUCUCCUCGGCAUUUAGCCCCUACACCAACUGGAGCCAACUCUGCUCAAGCCUCGUCAUCAUCAUCAUCAACAUCGUCACGUUCCGGAUCAGGUGCACCUCCUCCUGGAUCAGGUUCCGUUCCAGGAUUCAAGUUCGACAUACCUUCUGCUCGAAAGGCGAGAAACGCCGACCCUGACGCUUGGUGGAAAGCGCUGUCCAGACCUAGAGAGAGCGGAUUCGUGAAUACCAAAUUCACCUCUCGAUCUGUACCUGUUCGUGGAGUAGGCAAAGUUCGUCCCGCCAUGAGGUCGCUGGAUCGGUUGAUCAAGCAAACCAACAUGAAGAAACACUUUAGAAAUCAAGAAUAUUUCGAGCCGCCAACUGCUAAGAGGAGGAGGUUGAGAACUCAAAGGCAUAUGCGCAGGUUCGCGGCAAUGGUCAGAGAAAAGGUUAAAGAAGUCAACCUGUUUACCCAGCGCAAGUAA